GGAGAGAGCGGCAGCAGCCGGUGGGGGCUUCAGCCUCUCGGUCUCUGUCCGCUGCAAUGGCUCGGAUCGGCGGCAGCCCGGCCUGGUGGCGUUUCCUUUCCAUGACCGUGCUCGGCACUGUCCUCUGCGUCCAGGUGGGGCGAGCUGAACCGGAGCCGGGCCCGGGUCCGGCGGCGGAGGCGGACCCGCACGGGCGGCACCUCUACAGCGCGGAGAUGCUGCGGCACGGCGCCGCCGCCGCCCCCCACUUCGUUAUGUUCUUCGCCCCGUGGUGUGGCCAUUGUCAGCGUCUCCAGCCAACUUGGAAUGAUUUGGGAGAUAAAUAUAACAAUAUGGAAAACCCACAGGUCUAUGUUGUUAAAGUGGAUUGUACUACAGAUACUCCAAUGUGCUCUGAAUUUGGUGUCCGAGGAUACCCUACCCUAAAGCUGCUUAAACCAGGACAAGAACCUCUGAAAUACCAAGGCCCUAGGGACUUCCAGACACUGGAAAAAUGGAUGUUGGAGAAACUAAAUGAGGAACCAUCUGACCCAGCAUCUGAUGUGGAACCACCAAAAGCCCCAGAACCUAAGCAGGGAAUGUAUGAACUCUCGACAGACAAUUUCAAGAUGCACAUAGCAGAAGGUAAUCACUUUAUCAAAUUCUUUGCCCCUUGGUGUGGUCAUUGCAAGGCUUUGGCCCCAACAUGGGAACAGCUGGCUCAAGCCUUUGAACAUUCAGAAACUGUCAAGAUUGGCAAGGUUGACUGUACCCAGCAUUCUGAAGUCUGCUCUGAAACCCAAGUUCGUGGCUAUCCAACACUCCUCUGGUUUAGGAAUGGUGAAAAGGGUGACCAGUACAAAGGGAAAAGGGACUUGGAUUCCUUAAAGGAAUAUGUGGAUUCCCAACUACAGAGCUCUGAGAAGGAGCCAUCAGCAGAUAAAUCUGAUGAACCCCAGCAGCCACCCGCAGAACCCGCCCAUGUUGAGGCUGCAGUGCUCUCUCUGUCUGAAAAGGACUUUGAUGCAACCAUUGCUCGGGGGAUCACCUUUAUUAAAUUCUAUGCUCCAUGGUGUGGUCACUGUAAGAAUUUGGCUCCAACUUGGGAGAACCUUGCCAAGGAGCAAUUUCCAGGUUUGACUGAUGUCAAAAUAGCAGAAGUAGACUGCACUGUAGAACGUAACGUCUGCAACAGAUUUUCUGUACGUGGUUAUCCUACACUUCUGCUUUUCCGAGGUGGAAAGAAAGUCAGUGAGCACAAUGGAACAAGAGACCUUGAAUCACUCCAUAGCUUUGUCUUGCGUCAAGCAAGGGAUGAAUUGUAAUGAAAGUCUGGAUGCUCCAUCCCUGGCUGUCUUUGUACAGUAGCUGAGGGAUUUCAGUCAUUGCUAAUUUUCAAAUAGCUGGGGGGAAGAGGGGAGGGGGAAAGUUGGGGCAUUUUUUGGUUUGUUUUUAGGAAAUUGAAUGUACUAAACAUCGGUAUCUUCCCUCUGUGUGUGUGUUAAAGACUCUCUGCUCUGUGCGUGAAGGAAAACUGACAAAUAGCUACUGUGCAAAUUGAGAACAUUUUCUGCAUCAGUAGUAUUACUGCAUUUCUGCAUUCCCUCAGUGAAGGGCUUCCUUUGAGAUUAAAAUACAUUAAGAAAACCAGCCUAACGACACCAGUAGAAUAUUUUUGUCUUCAGGGUAGAUUUGGUUAAAAAGUACUCCUUACAGGCUGCCCACUUAUUACGAGAAAGGUAAAAGCUAUAGCUGUGUUUGAGUCACUUUUGCCUCUACAGCUGUAUUUAAACCCAAUUUGUCUUAAUAUAGCUGCUAGUUAAGAAAUGGAAAGUCAUGGGAUGUCGAAAACACACAUACCUUUGGAAGAUACCAGACUACCCUGAGCUGGUUGUUUCCUGUUAAUCCUCUCAGCGUGGGAGGUCCCAGCCAUAAUGAAAGUGAUGGUACUGGAAUAUGUGCCUAAACAUUACUGAUGCUAUAGUGUACUUGUGUCAGGUGGAUUUUUUUUUUGUAGGCUGCUUCCGUCCAGCUUCUGGGGAGUAACUAUGAUCUACUUACACGGAGCCAAAGUGGACAGGCACUAUUAAAACUGCUCUGUUAAUAUUAAAUAAUCAAUUAGGCUUCAGAGCUGAUGACAUUUCCUACCCUUGCCUGAAUCCAGACUUUGUGCUGAUCUGCUCUUUAUUCAGAGUACUUGAAGAACAACAAGUAGUACAAUGUUUAAUUUUUUUUUUUCCUUUUCAGCUGUUCUACAGUAGUGUAAAUUAGUUCCCCACUCUUACUGAGCCUUAACCUUUUUCCAGGUGUUGUUAAGUUUUAUUGCUAGGACCGUGCACUCUGUGGUGCCUUGGACUAUAAUAUGGAUCUGUUCUUUGGUGCAUAAGAUGUUCCAUGUUAGACAUAAUUGAAAGCCAAAGAAUUUAUACUGCAGAGAGGAUCAUGAUACAAUAACAACAUCAAACCAAGAACUGAAUUCUGAUGUCUUUGUGUGCACAGAAACUCGUAGAAUGAUGGCGGCUACAGGCUAACUUGAUUAAUCUGUCAAGAUAUUGUCUUCUUGGUCCAUUAUAUGGAGUAAGUUGUUUCUGUUAAAAAAAAAGAAACAAAAGACAAAACAACAAACCAAAAUGGCAAAACACCAACGAACUUUUAAAUCAGUUAAUUUCUCCUGAUACUUCACUGUCUCUUCAGAACUUUAGAUUCUUUUCAACCUAAAAAUAUGUAAGAGUGAAAAAGCCACAAUGAAAGCUAAGUGUUGAACUGGCAGAUGUAUUAGAUCAAUAUAUGUACUUCUGUCUUAUAGGAAGCCUUUAUUAUCACGUUUUUAACAACUUUCUAUUGAAGCACAAUCUCAUGAGUUUCUUGUAUAAAAUCAAAGUGGUACAAUUGUUUACACUGAGAUUUUUUCUAAAUAAAAACUUUUUUUAAAAAAA